GUUGCCUUUUGGGGUUAGUGACACCGCUUCCUCUCUGGUGGUGGCCUCCUUCUCCAGGCUAUGGAUCUCCCAAGCAACAGCGUUUCGCUCUCAGUGCGCAGCUCUGGACUGUCCCGGAGGCUGUCCUCGCAGAGUGGGAUAGCGGGCAGACCCAGGGUCAUGUCUGCUUCCAGUGCUGGAAGUGGCUAUGGCGGGAGCACCUUUGGCUUUGGAGCCAGCCAUGGGGGAGGCUUCUCUGCUGCUUCCAUGUUUGGUUCUGGUGCUGGCUUUGGUGGAGGACUGGGAAGUUCCUGGGCAGGAGGACUGGGCACUGGUUAUGGGAGAGCCAUGGGGGGAGGUGGCUUUGGAGGGCUGGGGAUUGGAUUUGGGGGAAGCGCAGGAAAUGCCUCUGUAGGUAUUAUCUCUGGCAAUGAUGGAGGCCUUCUUACUGGAUCAGAGAAAGAAACCAUGCAAAAUCUUAAUGAUAGAUUAGCUUCCUACCUGGAUAAGGUUCGAGCUCUAGAAGAAGCUAAUACUGAGCUAGAGAACAAAAUUAGAGAAUGGUAUGAAACUCGAGGCACCGGGACUGGAGACCCUGCGUCACAGAGCGAUUACAGUAAAUAUUACCCAGUGAUCGAAGACCUCAGGAAUAAGAUCAUUUCUGCCAACAUUGGAAAUGCCCAGCUCCUCCUGCAGAUUGACAACGCAAGACUGGCUGCAGAGGACUUCCGGAUGAAGUAUGAGAACGAGCUGGCCCUGCGCCAGACCGUGGAGGCCGACAUCAACGGCCUGCGCCGCGUGCUGGACGAGCUGACCCUGGCCAAGGCCGACCUGGAGAUGCAGAUCGAGAACCUGAACGAGGAGCUGGCCUACAUGAAGAAGAACCACGAGGAGGAGCUCCAAAGCUUCCGAGUAGGGGGGCCCGGCGAGGUCAGCGUCGAGAUGGACGCCGCCCCGGGAGUGGACCUCACCAGGCUCCUCAAUGACAUGAGGGCGCAGUACGAAACCAUCGCUGAGCAGAAUCGCAAGGACGCGGAAGCCUGGUUCAUUGAAAAGAGCGGGGAGCUCCGGAAGGAGAUCAGCACCAACACCGAGCAGCUGCAGUCCAGCAAGAGCGAGGUCACCGACCUGCGGCGCGCCGUGCAAAACCUGGAGAUCGAGCUGCAGUCCCAGCUCGCCAUGAAGAAAUCCCUGGAGGACUCGCUGGCCGAGGCCGAGGGCGAGUACUGCGGCCAGCUGUCCCAGCUGCAGCAGCUCAUCGGCAGCCUGGAGGCGCAGCUGCUGCAGGUGCGCGCGGACGCCGAGCGCCAGAACGCCGACCACCAGCGGCUGCUGGACGUCAAGGCCCGCCUGGAGCUGGAGAUUGAGACCUACCGCCGCCUGCUGGACGGGGAGGCCCAAGGUGAUGGUUUGGAUGAGAGUCUUCUAUUUGUGACAGACUCCAAAUCUCAAGCACAGUCAAUUGAUUCCUCUAAAGACCCAACAAAAAAACGAAAAAUCAAGACAGUUGUGCAGGAGAUGGUGAAUGGUGAGGUGGUCUCAUCCCAAGUUCAGGAAAUUGAAGAACUAAUGUAAAAUUUCACAAAAUCUGCCCUAUAAUCAGUUCCUUAGGAAUGAGAAAUUUGCAAACAGAAAUUAUUCCUUUCAGAAUGAGAUGCUAUAUUCGUUCAAUCUCUGUUUUUCUGUCUCAUUUUCUUUGGAUUCCCUAUUCACGUUGAGUCCUUUUUGUCCUUCUGAAACAAUUUAUAAUCAUAAGUCAUUGUGACUACAUUUAUCUUUAUAACAAACAAACAAAAAUUACCCUACAUCUUUCUGGACCUGGAGUAGUCUUUUAAUGAACUUUCUUCUGGUGACCUGGAACAAUUUUUUAAUCACAGAGCUUUGAUCAAGUAGUGUUGUUUUAAUAGAGUUGAUUUUAAUAAAAGAUGAAUG